CGAGUUUCGAGCUCGGUCCGCGUAGACGACAUGGCCCGAUCGCGGAGUAUGGAUCAGUAAAAGCCACUGCUGCUCCCGAGUCCUCCAGGGCUGCUAUGAAUUACGACCUCCGCUAUUCAAGUGACUUAGUUGAUAUUGCUCCUACUCUGGAAAUACUAGAGAGGAGAGGGCUUUUACUGUUGCCCCAUGAUUGCUUUUACCUCGCAGCCUGCGUAUUUCCUCAGCACAGAUUCUGAGCGAUGAAUGGUGAAGAGAAUUUCGCCACACGCGGCUUGCCCAGUGACGACUGCUUGUCCCAAACGGGCAUGUGCGCUCUCCUGUGCCACUCUUCCUCCAGGCAUCCUGCAAAACGGUUACGAGAUCGAGCACGUCUGACGCAACACUGCCGCCUGGCUGUGACCGUGAUCCUUUUCACUUCGCCCCUGCCACUGCCACUGCCAUUGCCCAUCGAUGAUCUGGUCCUGAGGAGCAAGCAGGCAGUGUCGUCGACAUCAUCGUCCACCACACCAAACUGCCAAGCUACCUACCCUCCACGGCCGGCCGCGGGGAACUCCAACAACAAAAAUGUGGCACGUCAUGUCUGAGAGAAUCCGUUCCUGU